CUUUUCUCCCUAUUCCAUGCCAGCAUCGUCUGCUAACUUGCGUUCUACGUACACAUAACCUAACCUUUUCUAGAGCAUUGGUUGGUCGGCGGGUGCCAUGGUGCAUCUCAGCAUUGUGCACUCCCAAUCAAUUGGGGGGCUGGGCCUGCUGGGCCGGGGUUAGAUUGAGUCAAGUGUUAUCAAUUUGGGCGCCCGCGUCCUCGUCUCCGUCCUCGUCUCCCCGUCCAGCGGCGCCGCGGAGGAGCGGUUUCGGUCUUUGGAUAUUUACUCCGUACUCCGCAGUCAAAAAAGAUAACUAAAAUGGCAGCCACGGUGUUUGGAGUAUGGGAUUAUGCAGUCUUUGCCUUAACUUUACUGAUAUCGGCGGGUAUCGGUAUAUAUUAUCGAUUUACUGGUGGCAGACAAAAGACAGCAGUUGAAUAUCUUCUGGCUGACAGAAAUAUGAGCAUCGUACCUGUUGCAUUUUCUUUGAUGGCAAGUUUCAUGUCUGCAGUGACCUUACUUGGUGUGAGCGCAGAAAUUUACUCUUUUGGCACUAUGUUCGUUGUCAUAAAUUUGGCUUAUGGUAUAUUCACACCUGUUGCGGCUUAUUUGUACCUCCCUGUAUUUUUCAACCUUGGUGCCACAAGUGUUUAUGAGUAUCUAGAGAAAAGAUUUGGUAAGGCAGCCCGUCUUGCUGCCUCUUUGGCAUUUUCCCUCCAGAUGAUUUUGUAUAUGGGUAUUGUCUUAUACACUCCAGCUCUGACUCUUGAAGCUGUCACUGGCAUGUCUAGAUCAUGGGCCAUAUUAUCAGUGGGCCUAGUAUGCACCUUCUAUUCCACCAUUGGUGGCCUCAAGGCUGUUCUCAUCACUGAUGUUUUCCAGUCUCUACUUAUGUUUGCUUCAAUCUAUUGCGUGAUUGUUUCUGCUUGGGUUGAAAAAGGAAGCUUAGCAGAAAUUUGGAGGAUUGCAGAAGAGAAUGGGCGUAUUGAGUUUGAUAACUUUAGUCUUGACCCUACUGUGCGACAUACGUGGUGGAGUUUAACCAUAGGAGGGGGAGUGACUUUCCUCUCCCUGUAUGCUGUCAAUCAGGCUCAAGUUCAAAGAUACCUAUCAGUCAAAGAUGUCAAAACGGCACAGAAGACUCUCUGGAUGAAUUGGCCACUUCUUACUCUUCUCAGCUUCUCCACCAGCUUCUCAGGUCUUGCAAUGUAUUCAAAGUACUCCAAGUGUGACCCUGCCAAAUCUUGCCAAAUCACCAGUUCUGAUCAGCUGAUGCCCUAUUAUGUAGUUGACACAAUGGGACAUAUGCCUGGACUCUCUGGUUUGUUUGUAUCUGGUAUUUUCAGUGCCUCUUUAAGCACAGUAUCAGCUGCAGUAAAUUCUUUGGCAGCUGUAACUUUGGAAGAUUAUAUUAAGCCUAUUUAUGUGUGCUUACGAAAGAAUGACUUAGCCGAAAAAGGAAGUUCUUAUCGUGCCAAACUCAUUUCAGUCAUAUAUGGAUUAGUUUGCAUUGCACUUGCCUUUAUUGCGGAGUAUCUUGGUAGCGUCCUCCAGGCUUCACUUACAAUAUUCAAUGUUGUUGGUGGUCCCAUAUUAGGACUUUUUACUGUUGGAAUGUUUUUCCCUGUUGCCAAUCAAACUGGUGCUCUGACAGGAUUUGUUUCAUCUCUUGCAUUUUGCCUGUUCCUUGGAUUUCCACCUGUUAAACCUGCCCUAAAAACACUGCCCAUUAGCACCGCUGAAUGUCUGAGCAAUUGUUCUAGCACUAUUCCCAGUCCUCCUCACAUUGCAAAUGAUGAAAUCUUCUAUUUGCAUCGUUUGUCAUACAUGUGGCUAGGUGUUUUGGGUCUGAUUGUUUGCCUUGUAGUUGGAAUAAUAGUGAGUUUGGUGGCAAGUCACAUACUGCGGAUUCAUCCUGUAGAUUUGGCGGAUCAUCUGGAUCCAAAUCUCUUUGUGCCACCAGUUGCCAAUCACUUGAAGAAACGAAGGCAACACCUUCAUACCUCACCACAGAGGAAUGAGAACUCUAAAGAGAUCUGCGGUCUUGAACUGAUUCAGCCCUCACAAGCUGAAGAUGCUACUUCCCUUUCCAGUGAGAAUAAGCUUUGUGCUGCCAAACUGUAACCACUUCUUUUCAAGAGUGUUGUACUUCUGUUGUAGAUAAAGCAAAAUAAUUAACUGCGUGGUAGCCAUCAGAAAAAGCUUGUGCGGAAGUUUGGCUGUUCUUGAUUUAUGUCGUGAAAAGAAGUUAUUGUGAAGCAUGCUGAGUAGGAAAAUGUACGCUCUCUGUGCCUUGCCAGACCUAAGAGCUUUGUCCGUUUUAGUUAAAAAGCUAUAGGCAGAACUAAAUCAGUAGUUCUCAUAUCCAUUAUACCUGUCAUUCCUAUGUGUGAAAAAAAACAAAAAAAACUGUGGACCAUAGUUUGUGACUUUAUAAUGUAUUAUACACAAGCCCACACUGUAAUUUGUUUUAGAGAUGGGAAAUAUGCAAUACUUAAUUUUGUGACUGAUCUAUUCUGUUAAAGACAUCUUUUUGUUGGUACUUUAAUAAUGUCUCUGGUUGUCUCAUUGUUAGAAUGUGUUCAAGAGUUUGUAGAAACUCAGUAGAUUUUAACAUGUUUACUCCAAAGUAAAUUUUAAGAGAUGCCAAAUUACAGCAAGGGAAAAGACCAUUGUUCUCACUUUGGAGCGACAUUGUUACUUGUUACUUUUUACUUGUUACUUGAAUUUAUGUUCCUUUUAGUUGGUGAAAGUUUUUAUGGUUUAAUUGUGCAAGUAUUAAGGUUCAUGGUAGAAGAUAUAGCUAUUUUUCCUUGGUUUUCCUUGUACUGCCAUUUGACUUGGAACUCCACUCUGACAGACCAUUUUCCUCAUUUCCUUCAUUCCUAUAUAAUUUGUUAGUUAUUUUAUUGUUAAAUGAGUUAAAUGGCUUACUGGAGCCAAACUGUACUGAUUUUGAGAUUUAGAUGACUUUUUUUUCUCUAUUGCAUAUCCUCAACUUACAUGUCACAAGUAUAUUUUGUAGAAAAAAAUAAUUUUUUGAACAAUGUGUUUUUAGCUACAAAUUAGUUGUCGGUCUAUAGAGAAAUUCAGUCAAACAAACAAUCAUUUUAAUCAGACUAGUUUACAGUAACUAUAUUUUUAGGAUCAUUAGGUCUUGGCUGUGUUAUUUGAACUGUAUGUAAAAUGUAAUCUAUCAGUACUGCAUUGAUGAUAUAUUUCUAAAUGCUUUGCUGAGCAAAUGCAAAUUUAGCAUUGAGACAAUAAUUCCUAUAAAUUGUUAAAGCUUAAGUGAUUUCUUUUGAAACAGAAGUCUUCCAUUUUCUUAUUAUUGCAAAACAGCUUAUUGGCUUGUUUUUGCCGAUCAAAUGUUGUGAUGCUUCCUGAGCUUCCUGUUACUUUUGUGGGUGAACUACCCUCAUAUAUCGUACCAAAAUCAGUGUGAUUUUUAAAAAAAACUACUUAGUAUAACACAGUAUUGUAUUGUAAAUGCUUUGCUCAACUUUUGCCACGGUAUUUUUAUGAUUUUGUUAAUGUUUAAAUGUUCAUAUGUUUAUAAUUUGUUAUUUGUUAAAGGUGUAUUAGCUGAAGGCUGAAUUGAUGAAUGACUUUCCUCAUUUUUUUACUUGAUGCAGUGCAAUAUGAAAAGUUACCUGUUCUCACCUAGGUACACCAGUUUAUUGUGUUCCAUUUCCCUGUUUUGUUUUUUUAUGCCUACCGCUUCACAGUUGUUAGCGUAUGUGUUUUACUGGAGAUACAUUAAACGUUAGUGAAGUAGGACUACUCGUA